UGUAGGAUGAUAAGGUUUGAUUUUGAGGGAUAAAGUUUGGCUUGGGUGUUUUGAGGGUAAGCUUUAGCGUUUGAGGAUUGGAUGAGUUGAAAGGAUGGAUAAGGCUUAUCGGGAGACGGGAUUGGCUCUAACGGUGGAUGGGCUUGGGGCAGGGAUGAGAUGUCUUGUUGUGGGAGAUGGGCUGGGGAUGGAGACAGGUGGUGGUCGGAAGUGGUCUUCCGACCUUUUUUUGACCUUUUGUCUCCUCAAGGAUAAAAUUAGCGAGGACGAUAAGAAGAAGGUUUUGGACAAAUGUCAGGAAACGCUCUCUUGGUUAUACGCCAACCAGACUGCUGAGAAGGAAGAAUUUGAGCAUCAUCAAAAGGAAUUGGAAGCUAUUUGCAAUACGAUCAAUUCGAAGCCUUACUGCUUUAACAUCAAGCAACCAAUGGAUGAUAAGGUUUGAUUUUGAGGGGAUUAAAGUUGGGAUUGGGUUGCUUUGUGGGGGAUAGGAGCAGGUAUGCGCUGGGACAUCGAUUGACUCUUGGGGUGGCGUCGAAGCAUUGAUUGGCUGUCUUGGUGUGGAAUUGACUGUUUUUGGGUAGGUUUGGGAGCGGAAAAGGCUGUUUUGUUUGGGAGGGGGGGGGGGGGUGUUGGUGGAAUGGAACGUGUUGGUUGAAAUUUUCUUAAUUUCUCCGUCCUACUGGUGACAAAGCAAUGAUAUUACCUCUGGGGAUUCGGGUGGAUUAAGAAUGAUAUUAGCGGAAGAGGAGUGAUAUUCAGGUUUAGAAGGAUAUCGCGGGGAUAUCGACAGAUUAGUUUUCCACCUCAUAAUAAUACUUCUCAAAUUU